AUGAAGCUCGCGACUUUGGAGCUUUCGGCAGGUCAAGAAGCGUUCAGUUGCGAGUCAAUUGAGAGGCCACCGCACUUAUCUGUUGCAGCCUCGAUAUCCGAAAAUGGCCUCCUUUCAAACCGCCGUGCGGUCGACCCAGAAGGUCGCGCACAAUGCCUUGAGAAGCAGGCCCAUCUCCGAUGUUGCCAUUACCCGUACCGGCAAGCCCAUCCUGCGAACCCAGGGCGGAAGACACUCUCUUGGUGGACACACUGCGACGGUUUUCGGCGCAACGGGACAGGUUGGACGGUACAUCGUGAACAGGCUCGCUCGCCAAGGAUGCACUGUUGUCAUUCCUUUCCGCGAGGAGAUGGCCAAGCGCCACUUGAAGGUCUCUGGUGACCUUGGCCGAGUUGUCUUCCUUGAGUACGACCUCUACAACACCCAAUCGAUCGAGGAGAGCGUCAGACAUUCCGAUGUUGUCUACAACCUGGUCGGCCGCGACUACCCCACCAAGAACUACUCCCUCGAGGAUGUCCAUGUCGAGGGAACCGAGCGGAUAGCUGAGGCUGUUGCCAAGUACGAUGUCGAUCGCUUUAUCCACGUCUCCAGUUACAACGCCAACCUGGAGUCGACAUCCGAGUUCUUCCGCACCAAGGCCCGUGGUGAGCAGGUCGCUCGCAGCAUCUACCCCGAGACCACCAUCGUGAGGCCGGCACCCGUCUUCGGUUUCGAAGACAACCUCCUCUUGAAGCUCGCCAACGUCAUGAACCUCUUCACUGCCAACAACAUGCAGGAGAGAUUCAGACCUGUCCACUCCAUCGAUGUUGGCCAGGCUCUUGAGGUCAUGCUCUACGACGAUAGCACAGCAGGUCAGACCUACGAGCUUUACGGUCCCAACGAGUACUCGAUGGCCGAGAUUGCCGAGUUUGCCGACCGUGAAAUCUUCAAGAAGCGCCGCCACAUCAACCUCCCCAAGGCUGUCCUCAAGCCUAUCGCCGGUCUCCUGAACAAGUAUCUUUGGUGGCACACUAUGUCUGCCGACGAGGUUGAGCGUGAAUUUAUUGACCAGGAGAUUGACGAGACGGCCAAGACAUUCAAGGACCUCGGCAUCGAGCCCGGUGACAUUAGCAAGUUCACAUACCACUACCUGCAAGGUUUCCGCAGUGCCAACUUCUACGACCUGCCCCCUGCAACAGAGAAGGAGAAGAAGGAGGAGCGCAAGUACCUGCACGUUCUUGACGACCAGUAAGCCUGGGUUUCAUUUGUUGGAGGGGAUUGAUUCUGGGCAAGCAAGUCGUUUAGAGUGUAUAUAAGUAGUCAGCUAGACAGAGUUGCAAAAGUCGAGGAAUCCAUGUACAGUUUGAAUACCA